CCCCCCCCCGAAUCAACAGUCCCGCAGCCCCGAACCAGGCUGGGCUCUGGAAGAUGACUCAGUUCAUCCUCACCCGCUUGCUGUUGCCAUGGUUUCCAUUCACAGGCGGCGGGGGUGGGGGGGAGUGAGCAGCACAGAGAACAAGUGGAUCCCUCAGCUGGGUUCCUGCACCGGGACCGACCCCAAAUCCGCCGGAUCCAAGAGGCUGCCCCAGAACCAGGCCCAGGUCUGCGUGGAGCCCCGAGUGGCAGCUGGGCCUCGUCUCCCUCACCACCCAGAUGCCCCCUGUGCCCCGGCUCUAUCCCGGGCUGAGGCCUUUCUCCGGCCACCCCAGGCUCUGCAGCCCAGCCAGGCAGCGGCGACUGGAGAGGAAGCUGCUCCUGGGAUCGGGGGACGCCUCCCUGCGAAGCCGCCAGGGGCUGGAGCCGUGACCCCGAGCUGCCCUCGCUCCAGGGGUUGAGAUCUGCCCUGGCCUCACCCCCACGCGCACAGACGGGGACAGCGACGGGGGCGUCCGCUGGCCCCUCCAGAGGCGGAUGGGCAGCCGGUGACCUGAGUCCAGGCGGCCGCCUCGCCAGCCCGGGUCCACGCUGAGCCGUGGCGCCGUGGGACAGGACCGGCUUGUCCCCAUGGAAGCCCUGGGGAAAUCCACCCUGUGGCUCUGCGGGGAGCUGGCGUCCCCGGCUGCCCGGCUGCACAUCCUGGAUUGCCGCAGCCGGGAGCGCUACGACUCCUGCCACGUGGCCCGGGCGCUGAGCGUGGCCUUGCCGGGGCUGCUGCUGAGGCGGCUGCGCAAGGGGAAGCUGUCGGUGCGGGCGCUGCUCCCGCCCGCGCCGGGCGCCGUCCUGCUGUACGACGAGGCCACGGCCACGCUGCCGCGCUGCGGCCAGGAGUCGGUGCUGGCCACGCUCCUGCGCAAGCUGCGGGAGGAAGGCUGCACGGCGUAUUACCUGCAAGGGGGCUUCUCCAAGUUCCAGUCCGAGUGGCCAGAUCACUGCGAGACCAGCCCGGAGGUGCCCGGCGCCAGCAGCUCCCCCGCUCCUACAGGGACCCCGGUGGUGGGGCUGGGGGGGCUGAGCCUGGGCUCGGACGGGGACUCGGGACCCCUGAGCGGCGGGGGGGGGGACUCGGAGGCAGCCAGCCCCCCGUCCUACCCGGUGCAGAUCCUGCCUCACCUCUACCUGGGCAGCGCCCGAGACUCGGCCAACAUGGAGACGCUGGCCCGGCUCGGCAUCCGCUACAUCCUCAACGUCACCCCCAACCUGCCCAACCUCUUUGAGGAGCAGGGCGGCUUCCGCUACAAGCAGAUCCCCAUCUCGGACCACUGGAGCCAGAACCUGGCCCGCUUCUUCCCGGAGGCCAUCGCCUUCAUCGACGAGGCCGUGUCCCAGAACUGCGGCAUCCUUGUUCACUGCCUGGCGGGUGUGAGCCGCUCGGUGACGGUGACGGUGGCCUACCUCAUGCAGCGCCUCAACCUGUCGCUCAACGACGCCUACGACCUGGUCAAGCGCAAGAAGGCCGACAUCUCGCCCAACUUCAACUUCAUGGGGCAGCUGCUGGACUUUGAAAGGGAACUGGGGCUGGCCGAGGGAUCGCCAGCGACCCCCGGAGCCCCCGACGGCCACGGCCAGACACCCACCUCCUCCCCAGGCUGCUUCUUCACACCGCCACCCUCCGAAUGUGAGCAAGAGGGUGGCAGCUUCCAGCGUUACCCCACGUAGCCCCUGCCACCCCCCAUGAGCCCCAUGGCUAAUCUAGGCGUCGGUGGGGUUACCAGGGGAUAUGUGGCUAACCUAGGCCUUGGCAGGACGCUAGAACCUGCGGGGAUGAAUCUAGACCUGCCUUUUCUGGGAUCUGUGCUCUGGAGCCAGGUCUGGAACCUGCAGCUCUGGAAUAGGGACCCAGAAGCUGCAAUUAACUUCCUUGUUUGCACUUUUGGUUCCGGAACUACAAGGAAAAUAAAACCCAGUGAAGUCAUGCUGGAGCCUAGAACUCUUCGCUCUACAGAUGGGAGCUUGAAUGCCAUGCCACGUCUGGAACCUGGACCUCUAGAAUUCAGCGGUGCCCCAGAGCCAUUGCAGAACCAUCAGAACGUGAACCUGGAACCUGCAUCAACUAUCUUGUUUGGACAUUUGGUUCUAGAGGUUCAAUUAGGAGAAUAUUAAGCCAGUAAACGAUCAUGCUGGAGCAUAGAACGUGCAGCUAUAGAGGCAGAUUAAGAAAUCUUGACUGCUAAUGCCAUGUCUGCAAUCUGGGCCUCUAGAAUGGGGGAGAUCAGCUGCACCUAGAAUCUGAUUGCACCAGAACUACCAUUUCAAAACCACAUGCGAGAUCUGGAACCUGAAGCUCUGGAACCAGGAUGUGGAACCAACAAUUGUCUGCCUUGUUUGAGCCAGUAGUUGUAGAGCCAUAAUAAGAGUUAGAAACCACCAAGGUGGAGUCUAGAACCCGCAGUUCUAGAAGUGGAUUAAGGAAUCUACAGAACCAGGUCUGCAAUAUGCAUCUCUAAAACAAAGACAGAGGACCUAUAUUAACUGCCUUCUUUUGCUCUAAAGCAACAGUGAGAGUUAUAAGACACUGAGCUACCAUUCCACAAUCUAGAUCCUGCAGCUCUAGAUGUGGGUGAAGGAAUCCCCAUUAGCCAGUGCCAGGUCUGGAACAGCAGUUCUGGAACCAGGAUCCAGAGCCAACAUUUACCUGCCUUGUUGAGACCUUUUGGUUCUAAAGCUACCAAUCUACUAUGAUGGAACCUACAAGCUACAGCCCUAGAACCAUGUUCAGGAUUCUCCAGUGCCAGGUCUGGGACCUGUAGCCAGGAUUGGUGAUCCACCCUAUCUAGAACCUUAUUGCUUGAGCAUUAUCCUUUAAAAGCCAUGUGGGCCAGGUUUGGAACCUCCCUGGCUAUACAACAAAGCUAGAGAAUGCCCAUCUUGUUUGGACCAUUGGUUCUAGAGCCACCAUGAGAGUAAUAAUCAUGCCAGAGUCUAGAACCGGCAGAUCUCGAAGUGGGUCGAGUGAUCUCCAGUGCCAGGUCUGGAACCUGGGCCCUAGAACAAGGAUCCAGAGCCCAGUCGCCUGCCUUGCUGGUCUCUUUUGGUUCUAGAGCCAGUUAGGCUACGCUGCUGGAGUCUAGAACUUGCAGCUCCAGAAGUUGAAUCAGGACACUUCCCCAUCAGACCUCACCGCAAUGCCUACACUGGAAUGUCACCCCGAGACUGAACGCUGACCUGGACCACGUCCAGCCAUGUGCUCGUGGGUUUUGAACAACUGGAUUGGAACUGGGGCUAGUUGGCAACUCUAGAACCAGUUCUCAGUAGGGUUCCCGGCCUGAAAACCAGAUUGUGUUGCGGUGGGUUUGCAGCAGAGACCUGGGAGCCAGGAAAGAACGGUGUCCGUCUGUCCAUCCCUGCUGGAGGAGCUGUCCCAUGGGUGUCCCCACGUACGUGUCCCUGCUGGAGGAGAGGAACCCUGGCGUGUCUCUGCCGGAGGGGAUGUGCCAUGCGUGUGUGUGUGUUCAGGUGCCAGACAGUCACACUGAUCCUCACUAGCCGAUGCUUGGGCCCGUGGCUGGGGGGGGGGGUUGUUUUUUCACUGUUCUAACACUUCCCCCCACCUAGUGCAGCAGACGUGCUGUUGUCGGGGUGUCCAGGGGCUGUGAAGGGGGGGCGGGGCUGGGAACCAGCAGGGACAAUAAAGCUGGACUUAAACCCCCUCUUCCUGCAGUGUUUUCCAGCAGGGGAUUCUUCUCCCCAGCACAGGACUCCUGGGUUC